GAACACAGGUGCGAGGUCAGGAGGACAGCAGCUAGUUGAAGACGAACCAGGUAGAUAGAGCGAGAGAGCGAGAGAGCGAGAGAGUUGCAGUAGAGUCAGGAGGAGAGCUUCGGAGAGCAGAGGUUGGACUGCGAGAGCAGCGCAGGAGGAGCAGACAGUCCAUUCGUAUGAUGCACUCGAAAAUCGCCUUGGCCCUCGCAUUGCUGGGCAUCUCUCGCUUUGAGGUAGCUGCUGGGUCGUCGUUGAAGAUGACAAUUACCACGCCCAAGACUUCUCAAGGACCAGCACAAGUCGGGAUGGUUUUGUUACCUGCUAGCUACUGUCAUCGGCUGAGAGGAGGAGGAGACGAGGGAGUGGAGAAUGCUGAUUUAGAAAAGAGAUGGACGAAUGACAAACAGCAGUCAAUGAAAGAAAGGAUCCAACAGUACGAAAGCUUGUUGAACGCUGAUACAGAUGCGAUUCAGGAGAUGAAGGAUGAGAUGGAAGCCAUGAGAGAAUACAUGAAGACAAAGCUCGAGAUUGCAGCGAGUGAAACCAAGGAGCUGAAGAAACAGAACGAGGAACUGCGCAAGAACAUCGCAGACAAGGGAAAGAAGGAUGCAGUCAGCAAGCUUCAGGCUCAGAUUGACCAGAUGACGGAGCGGCACACCAAGGAAGAUUUCGAGCACAAGCAGACGGUCAAGAGUUUGAACAAGCGUAUCUCCAACUUGGGUGCGGCACUCGGGCUUGCGGAGUUUUACUUCAACAAGAUCUUUCGUCCCGGAGAAGAUGUUGUGAUCUCACCGG